UAUGAAUCCGCGAGAUGGGGCUUGUGCAGAUUUCAGCCGAAAAAAGAUGCGAAGGGUUCAAUCAAAGGCGGGGUCCGGAAAGGGACGCAUCACCAGUCACCUUGGAUCCAGACCUGGAUCCAUCCUCUUGUCGCGACAUGAGCUUCGACCGCUCCGCCGCUGAGCGCUUGGCGAGCGACUGUGCCGCCUCCAUGCACGAGGCGGCGCGGCGCUUCAGCGCGGGCAUCCAAGAGCUCCUGGACCACGCCGCGGCGGAGGCAGCGCGGGAGCGGCAGCAGAUUCUGGAGGAGUCCACUGCCCUGGCUCGGGAGAGGCAACGCCUCGAGGAGGCCUGGCAGCAUCUGAACCUGGAGCGCGCACGCAUGGAGGCGGGCGGGCCGGUCUCGUCUGGGCACAAGCCCAAUUUGUAUCCAAGCCCCCGUGAGACGGAGCAGGAGGCGAGUCUCUCGACCUCGCGGUUCUCCACGGUGGCUGGAGGACCGAUCCCGAACCACUACAUUGUCACCGUGGCGGACCGCGCCUAUACGGUGCUGCCUCUCAAGGAGCCUAAUGCGUCCUCCCUGGGCCAUGAGUUGUGGAAUCACGUCGUGGAGGUGCCAGAAGGAUGGGAGGUCCUGUCCUCACAGAUGGAGGGUUUCUACCAUGCGAUCUCGGUGCUAGGGCAACAGCGCUGGGGCGCGAUGGUCCUCGGGGUGCGCAACGCGCGCCGGGGCUUCGACGCCUACUGGACGCCUCUCUUCGGGGACGGCAGCUUCGCCGCGCAGCUCUGCGAGGCAGAUGUGGAUUGGAUUGAGCCCGCCGGCCCCGCGGAGGAGCCUCAGCGAAGGUUUCGCAUGACCUACAGCGGCCUACGCCUGGUGAUACGCAAGGCGAACCAGAGCUUUCAGGCAACGGGAGCCAAGCAGGCCACCGCCGGUCCGCAGACACAGACGCCCCGCAUGCAGGUUGCCUAUUCCCCAGGGCAAGGCAUGCCUGCCCCGGUCUACCAGAAUGGCAUGUACCCGAUGAGGCCCAUUGGGGUCAUGCAGCCAGGUGUGACGAUGCUUCCGGGCACCUACCGCUAGGCUUCGGUCGGCGCGAGCGCUUUCGCGCGUGAACAUGCCUUCGGGGUGACAUCAGAGCCUCUUCGAGCGAAA